ACCGCCAACUCCAAUCGCAAGGCCCGACCACCCUAUCACCACGCCUCCUUCCGCCUCCACGUGGAAGUCCGAAAUCCCCCACGACCUCCCCUCCUACCCCUGCCCCACGUGCCCAGACCGCUCCUUCUCCACGCGACACUCCUUCAUCUCCCACCUCACGAUCCACCGCUCUCUAAAACGGAAAGGCUGCGACCGCCCCGUCCUCAGCAAGGAGGAGUGGUCCAAGCUCAGCCGGAAGCAAUCUUCCUGCACCGUCUGCUCCCUAGAGUUCGAAAGCGUCCGAAAACUAAACCAGCAUGAAAAACAAGCCCACCCCAACCUCGACCCCACGCCGCCCCCAAGGGAACGGGUGGACCCUUGGAAAUCCCUCGUUCCUCAGCAGGACACCCCGUACAGCUGCGACAUUUGUCCGGAACGCCUCUUCCCCGACCGGGACGUCUUCAUCGGCCAUCUGAAACAUCACAAAUCCCUGCAAAGAAGGGGGGAAGACCGCGUCAUCUUAUCGAAAGAGCAGUGGAACGAGCACCGCAAGCAGUUAAAGCUGGCCGCCGCUUCGACCCCGAGGACUUCGUCCCAAUUCCAUUGUUCCACCUGCUCGAAAAACUUCUGGAAACGGGUCACCUUCCGGAACCACAUGCGGUAUCAUGCCAUCCUCCUCAAGAAAGGGGAGGGGGACAGGGUUAUCAAUCCAAGACAGCGGCAUUGGAAGGAGCAGGUGCCUUAUCGGGACGAAUAUGACUGCGAUAAGUGCCCCGAACGCCGGUUCGCCGAUAGGGAAGGGUACAUCAGACAUUUGACGUAUCAUAAAGUGUUGGAAAGGAAGGGGAAAGGGGGACAAGAGAUAAAGAAGCGGAUUAAGAGGGAGGACCUGGAAAAAACUGGGAGGCAGUGUGAUAUCUGCGAGCGGGUUUUUUACACGUGGCAAACCUACAAAGGUCACAUGGCGUACCACAAGAGGAUCAAGAAGAUCACGGGGGAGGAUAGGAAGAUUGAGAAGAAGGAGGAGCUCACAGAAAGGGCCAAGAUUGGUUUAAAGACGGGAAAAAGUAAGACUUUGGUGGAGGACUUGAUCGGAGUUUUGGAACAGUUCGGGUGCAGUUGUGGGGUCAAGUUUUACUUUAAGGAUGCCCUAUCGCACCAUCUCCAGCAGGCGGGGAAGAAUGGAAGAAAUGCUGAGUGUAAGGAGGUCGUGGUUAAGAAGGAAGUUCCAGAGAGGGAAGAAAUUGAACAGAACGCUGUAAAGACGGAGGAGGUUAAUGGUAUAGGACAUAUUGCAAAACUAAUUGUAUCCAAACCUAUGGCGCGUGAGGUAAAACUAAACUUGAAAAUGGUACAUGAAAAUGGAGGUGAAUUACAAGAACAGGAAAUGCGGAUAGAGGAACAUUGUCCGGAAAAUGAAAUGGAUGAAAAUUCUUUGGAACAUGAAAUGGAACAAGAAAUUCCCCAUGAAACUGAAAUGCACGAAAUUCCUGUUGACAACGAAGGGGAAGAAGAUCCCCUUGAAAAUGAGAUGGAGGAAGAAGAUUUCGAAAAUCACCAAGUUUCCGACGAUUUUGAACAUCUCGCGGAAGAUGAUGCUGUUAAUGGAGAAAACGACAUUAAAAUUGAAAUUAGUAAAGUGAAUCAAUUAUAUCAGCAGCUACCACAAGAAAAUCACGAAGCUAGUGACGAGUGUGUGGAAGACGAUGACGAUUCUAUGUCAUUCUUUUACAAGUGUCAAACUUGCCAAGCUGAUAAUCCUUCACUGACGGAAUAUUUGAGGCACCAAUUUCUCAACCACCUCGUUGACCAGACGACUCCGCUACCUUGUCCAUUUUGCGCCGCCCAAUUUGUCCUGGGGUCCGCGCUUUUUCUCCACUGUAAAGACGAGCAUGGGGAAAUAUCUCUAGUGACCGAAUUCACCCUUGCCUGCCCAGCCUGUGCGGACGUCAUCCAAAUUAAUUCCAUUAUUAACGACGGUACUCAGAUGGAGCUUCAUUUCAAACGAAAUCAUCCAACCAUGGUGUGUCGCAUGUGCGGAAAGUUCGUGUCCAACCAGACCCUCCUCAAUAAGCACAUUGUGACGGAGCACUUGAAGAAAAAGAAAGUGUACGAGAGAAAGACGAAUACAAAAGCCGAAGAAUAUUGUGAGCAACCUGGCUCUUCUGUAUGUUAAAAUACAUGCUCAAAAAAAAUCCUGACGACGCGACAGAAACAAAGAAUUGCAUAAACUGUCCAGUAUGUAAAAUAGUGAAGUGUAGAGACCGGAUGGAGAAUGGAAAACCAGACAGUUUCAGGUUACGGGUUCAGUUUGGAGCUGACCCUACAAAUAUCUCACGACCAAGCUAACUCGACGAACUCGCACUUAAAACUCUGUAUGAGAUGUGACUGAUUUUUAUGUUAAAGUCUGCUGUAGGAGUAGCAAUUAUGUACCAUAUAAGAAUGUAGAUUGGAAGAAAGGAGAUUAUUAAGAGAUUGGAUGGGAAAGAGAGAGGAAUAAAGCAACGUAACUCAAGUCGUACCCACACGAGAAUAUUUGCUGUUUUUCAUACAUAAUUAUUACUGCAUUGCUUUGCAAAUAAUGCAAAUUACUACAUUUUGACCAGAUGAAUUAUUAAAAGUCAUCUCACAUUUUCUAAUCACACCAUUCACACAAAUAACACAUAACUCAGCAGCACAUAAAUAAACCCAACUUUCCACAGUUGGCUCACAAUAUACAUAAUUCGUUAAUAUCUACAAUUUUGAAAUACAAGCAUAUUAUGUACCAUGCACAGAAAUUUAGACGUGUAUACACAUUUAGAACAAAAAUUCUCGAAAUAUGUACAUCUGGGAAAAAAUUAUCGCAGAAUAUUUAUACUUGCAUCAACUUAUAUUUACUUAAUAAAGCUCAAAACAAGACUUACUACUUUUUAGCUGAAAAUGUAAUGUCUACAAAUAUGUAUAUUAGUUUUAAUUAUAAAUCCUGUGAAAAUAGAACAAUCAAAUAGCCUAGUGACUUGGGAAAUGCGAAGAGAUCAAAAAGUUUGGUCGAGUUUUUAAUUUUUAUAAAUAAUUAGUGUUAUUACUUAAAAGGCUGAGACUGAAUUUCUAAAUAAAUUCCAAUAAAAUAUU